ACUCAUUCUCUUUUGUUAGUUGCUAGUUCUUUCCGUUCAAUUGUUUCGUUGUUCCUAUGGCUUCUGCAGAGGUUGUUGAGUACCGGUGUUUCGUCGGCGGGCUCGCCUGGGCCACCGACGACCACGGUUUGUCCGAGGCUUUUAGCAAUUUUGGCGAGAUCCUUGAAUCGAAGAUCAUCAACGAUCGUGAGACUGGAAGAUCAAGGGGCUUCGGAUUCGUGACCUUCAGCAAUGAGAAGGCCAUGAGAGAUGCGAUUGAAGGGAUGAACGGUCAGAAUCUGGACGGCCGAAACAUCACUGUGAAUGAAGCUCAGUCACGUGGUAGCGGUGGCGGAGGCGGAUAUGGCGGCGGCGGUGGCGGAGGCUAUGCCCGUCGUGAGGGAGGAUACAACCGCAACGGUGGCGGUGGUGGUGGCUAUGGUGGAAGUGGAGGUGGCGGUUAUGGUGGACGCCGAGGAUAUGGUGAUGGUGGUGGUGAUGGGGGCUCCCGCUACUCUAGGGGCGGAGGUGGUGGUGGCGGCUCUGGUGGUAGCUGGAGGAAUUAGAUCCUAUUUAGGGGGUUAUGCUUUAUGGCGUUGAUGGUUGCUUGGGAUUAUGGUUUCUCUCAUAGUUGGGCGUCUUUCUUAUAAUCCAGUAUUGUUGCAGUUACUAUGUUGGUUCCUAUGUUACUGUUGUGGUGGUUCUCUCUGUUUUUGACCGAUGGUUAUCUUAGCAUAAAAAUAGUGGAAUGGAAUGAAUACACUUCUUCGUUUCUCUA